UUAAGGGAGUAUUCUACUGUAGAAUUUUGAAAAAAUCGAAAAUUUUUUUUUUUCAUAUUUUCAAAGUUUAGAUACUCAAAAAUAUGUCAUUAAAAGGAUUUUUAAAAAUUCCUAUUAUUUCAUGAGUUAUAGCCGUUUUAGUGACGUGGCAUCGGUUCCGGUCCGACCGCUACAAGUUAACAAAGAUAACCCGGUAGUAGAAAAAAAGGAGUGUGUUGGGCAUGUUCAAAAACGCAUGGGUUCACGGUUACGUAAAGCAAAAAAAGAUAAUAAAGGUAUUGGUGGCAAAGGCGGUGGUAAACUCACUGAUAAGCUUAUCAAUGAAUUGUCUUUAUAUUAUGGUUUGGCAAUUCGUCGAAAUCCAGAUUCUGUUGAAGACAUAAAGAGAGAUGUGUGGGCAACCUACUUUCAUAAAAUUUCAAUUAACGAAAAUCCUCAGCACAUUAAUUGUUCAUUUAGUUGGUGCAAGUAUCAGAAGGCAAUAGAAGACGGCACUAUUGACGAAUUUGACCACAAAAAUCCUCCUCUAAAUGACAAAGUUUUAGAAGUAAUAAAACCAAUUUAUGAAAGUUUAUCAGCUCAUUCUUUAUUGGAACGAUGUUUGGAUUCUGAAACCCAAAAUAAUAACGAAUCUUUGAAUUCGUUAAUUUGGACUUUUGCUCCGAAGCACAUUCACGCUGGACCGAAGACAAUUGAAAUUGCCACUUUCUUCGCAGUUAGUAUUUUUAAUGAAGGGUUUAUACCUAUAUUAAAAAUCUUAGAUGUUAUGGGAAUCACGAUUGGCCCAGAAGCUAAUGCUUUUGCAGCGAGAUGGGACGAAGCGCGUAUCGAGCGCUCGGAGCUCCGGACUUCAGAGGCGUCAAAGGAGGGUAGAACUGCACGUCUUCACAAGAGAACAUCGGAGAAUGAGCAUUUUGAAGUAGAGGAAGGAUUCUUAUAUGGAUCAGGAAUCGCCGAUUAAAAAUAUAUCACCAGGAGGGUUGGAAUAAUGCACGCCAGGAUAGCCUCUUUUUUUUUGACCCCCCACUUUGACUGCUCAUAACUUUGUCAAUUUUAAUUUUUUUUUUUUAAUAAUUUUUUUAUGUAAUAAUAAAACAUCAAUAAACAAAUGAUAAAAAAAUUUAUCAUAAAAAUAUUUUUUGUUUCCUUCGUACAGCGCUUCU